AUGCCUCCGCGCAAGAGCAACGCAAACGACCGUGGCGAGGAGCACGAGGAUGUGCCGCCGCAAGAGCAGCCUGAGCAGCAGGAGGAGCAGGAAGAGCAGGAAGAGCAGGAAGAGCAGGAUGAGCCCCAGGAUGAGGGAGAUGAGGGACAGCCGCAAGACGACGACCAGGGUGAUUACAACGACGGUGAAGGCGACGACCAAGAGCCCGAGCUGGAAGGUGGCGAGGAGCAGGACGGAGCCGAGCAGGACGGGGACGAGCCUCAGCAAGAGGAGGAUCCCGAACCUGAGGCUGAGCCCGAGCCCGAGCCCGAGCCCGAGCCCGAGCCUCAGCCGGAACGCCAGCGCCGCCGCAAGCCCCGCCGGCCCCAGCCCACCACGCAGCAGGCACCCACGCCGUCGUCGUCGCAGCCUGCGACGCCCACGGAUGAGCAGCCCCUGCAGCAGCAGCAGCAGCAAGACGACCAGCAAGACCGGCAGCUGCAGCCCCGGCGGCGUCGCCGGCCGCAGCAGGCCCAGCGGAACAACCAAGACACCCAAGACGACCAAGACAACCAGCUGGCACAACGGCAGCAGCAGCAGCAGCAGCAGCAGCAGCAGCUCAUGAUGCAGCAGAUGCAGCAGCAGCAAAUGCAGCAGCAGCCGCAGGGUGGCGGCAGCAGCAAGAACCCUCUGCGGCUGCGGCUGGAUCUGAACCUGGAGAUUGAGAUUGAGCUCAAGGCGCGCAUCCACGGUGACCUGACACUGGCCCUACUGCAGUAA